UAAGUAUUAAGCAGCGACGUUAGCAACGAAAGUAGAUCCUAUGGAAGGGCAGUCUUUCAGUGUUACAAAAGGUACAUGGACCGAGGAAGAAGACACCCUUCUCAAGAAAUGCAUCCGGAAACAUGGAGAAGGAAAAUGGCAUCAAGUGCCUUCCAAAGCUGGAUUGAAUCGUUGCCGGAAGAGCUGUAGACUGAGGUGGUUGAAUUAUCUGAACCCUAACAUCAAUAAAGGAGCUUUCGCCGCCGAUGAAGUUGACCUCAUCAUUCGCCUCCAUAACCUCCUCGGUAACAGGUGGUCGUUGAUCGCCGGUAGAUUACCCGGAAGAACAGCAAACGAUGUGAAAAACUAUUGGAACUCCCACUUGCUGAAAAACAAGGUGGAUGCUUCCUCCAACUCAAACCCUCUAAAUCCAUUGAAAUCUAUUACUCGAGUCUUCAGACCUCGCCCUCACAUCUUAUCAAGGAAUAAUUUCCCAAUAAUCUUGGACGAAAACAAGAAAAACAACGCGGCGGCAGCAGCGACACCAGCAAGCUACAAUAUUUUAGAAUCGGCUAACAUCGGCAACAACAAUAGUUACUGUUUCCCUAAUGAGAAUGACGAGAUGUUGUGGUGGGAAAAUCUGAUGAUGAAUGAGAAUGAGUUUGAUUAUCAACAGCAACAACGUUCCAUCAAUAACAUCAAUCAAAGUGUGCUGUGGGGCCAGCCUAUGAAUAAAGAAAUGGAGGUUGAGGAAGAAAAAUAUGGUAGUUUUGAUGAGCUUUAUCUCGAUGUGGAACUCUGGAAUGAGCUCAACCCAUAGUCACAAAUAUCAUUUGUA